CCACCGUUGGUUUAACCCCAAAUUGAUUCGAGCGCGAGUUUGUAUCGGAAGUUCGUUAAUGUUCCAUGUGCCUUGGACCGAUGCAUGGUAAUCGCUCAAAGACAUUUGAAGACAACCGUGAAACUUCCAUUGUAUCGCCGUGGAAUAAUUAUGCUCAGGUAACAGCCGAGUCGAGAGGCGUUGGAAGCGAGCCGGGAGCCAGUGAGAACAGUCCGCGCGCCCGCCGAGAUAAAUCGACGUCUGCCCGCAUAGGAUGGUAGAAACUGACCCGGGGCCCAAACCUCACGAUUGUGAUGUAAAAAGGAACCACCAACUAAACGGACCAGGUUCCAAGACUGCAGAACUUGCAGUCGUCCCAUCGCUGAAGACACCAGUCAAAGGCGAUCCGGAAAAAGGCCCAGUCUCUGAGAAAGCUGACUUCGAGAAAGCUAUCGAAUUAGCCGGAUAUGGCCGCUUCCACUACCUACUGCUGGCGGUCUGCGGACUCGUCAGCACCUCCGAGGAGAUGGACGUCAUCUCCAUGUCCUUCAUCCUGCCGUCGGCGCAGUGCGACUUAGACCUCACCACGCAGACUAAGGGAUGGCUGAACAGCAUAAUCUUCAUCGGCAUGAUGGCCGGCGCGUACGCGUGGGGCUCGGUGGCCGACUCGCUGGGCCGCAAGCGCGUGCUCAUAGCCAUCUCCGUGAUCAACGCACUUGCUAUCGUAGCUUCCUCCUUCAGCCAGAACUACGAGCUCUUCAUGUUUUUCCGCUUCAUCAACGGAGCUGCACUCGGAGGCUCUGGUCCCGUCAUCUGGUCGUAUUUCGCAGAGUUCCAGCCGAAAAACAAGCGCGGAGCUAUGUUAAGCUUCAUGGCUGCUUUCUGGACGCUUGGCAACCUAUUCGUGGCCGGUCUUGCCUGGGUUAUCAUCCCCAGCGGAAUUGGAGGAGAGACUAACGGCUUCGUGUACAAUUCAUGGCGUAUCUUCUUACUUGUGAUGUCUCUACCAUCGUUCGUCGUCGCCGCACUCCUGUUCCUCUUGCCCGAGUCCCCCAAGUUCCUUAUCUCCACCGGCCGCCACGAGGAGGCGCUGGAAGUCUUCCGGGGCAUCUACCUCAUGAACACCGGCAAGAGCAAGGACCAAUACCCCGUCAAACAAAUCUUGAUAGAAGAACCCAUGCACACGAAGCCGGAGAAGCAGAAAGACACGAAGGAACCCCAGGCUCCUAAGUCGAAACUAAGGAGGAUGUUCAGCGACAUCGUGGAACAUAGCAAGCAGUUAUUCGUACCGCCCAUACUCAAGUUCACGACGAUAUCCAUCACCAUCAACUUCACUUUCCAUAUCGGGUACUACGGACUCAUGAUGUGGUUUCCUGAAAUGUUCAACCGUUUCGACGAGUGGUCGAGAAUGAACGACAACGCACCGGCUGACAUUUGUCAGGUGACACGAUACGUGACGCAGUACGGCACGCACUCAGCCGACGCGACGUGCGACUCCAGCAUCCGCUCCGACGUUUUCAUGGAGUCGCUCAUCACCGUGGCCGCCGCCAUACCCUCUAACAUAUUCGCCGUGCUGGGCAUGGACCGGCUCGGACGCAAGUUCUUCCUGGUUUUUGCGACAUUCUCGGCUGGGCUGUGCUCUGCGGCGAUGUACUUCGUGUACAACAAGACUAACAACCUGAUCGUCAGCGCCAUCUUCAGCUCCGUCAUCUCGUGCGGUAACGCCUCGCUCGACUGCCUCAUUACUGAGGUCUUCCCCACCAACUUACGAGCGACGGGCGUGGCGGUAUCCAUGGUAGCAGCCCGGCUCGGCGGCAUCAUGGGCAACGUAGUGAUCGCGGCGCUGCUGGAUCAGUACUGCCCCGCGCCCACCUUCAUCGUGGCCGUGCUGCUGGCCAGCGGCGGCCUCAUGUGCCUGUUCCUGCCCAACACCACAAGACAGGCGCUGCAGUAAUCUAUGGCUCAUAUGGAGGUUGUCUUCGUCUCCUCGACUGUUAAAGACGCUGCGAACUAGUUGAGAUCGGGAUUCUCGUCUUUUUACCCGGCACUAUGUUGAUGUUACUACGUUGCUAUGUUGUUGUUGUUAAAUUGCUUCGGCGCCUGAAUUAGUGUAGAGGUUUUUGCGGAAACAUUUACAGCAGGAGAUCUCUAAGUGUUCUUAACAUUAUAGGUAGAGACAAGUUAUCUUAGUUCGACUUGACCGUAGGAGUCAUGACGCGUAACACCCGCGCAUAACUCGCUCAGAUAAAUAGAAAAGGGGAUGCGGUUCUAAGAACUGUUCCGCGCGAUUGAAUUAUUUCUAUUGACCUAUUUUUGUGCUCGUUACCGCGUUGGACAAGAGAUCCUAUAACAUCGAUAACGCGCAUAAUAAUUCGUUUGUAGCAAGUUUAUCCAAAGCCGAGUCAAGGAAUCCGAUGUAAUGUUUUGUUACGAGAGGUAACGUCGAUGUUCGUACCUAUAGAAUUUAGUGGCGGUCGAAAUCUGCCAUGUGAUAACGUUAAGUCUUCAUUCAUUUAAACAUUGUUGUAACUAAUUCGCUCAUAUUUGUACAAUAUUUUUAUACAUGUUUUUAAUUUAUGAUAUUAAAGGAAAUACGAGCAAUAUUUUCUAUGAUAGGUAAUAGCCUCCUAAGGCCCAACAAUACAAAUGAAAUUCAAAAAUUUGCCACUGAACUUUGCAGCACCUAUAGUGCAGGGAAUAGAAAUAGAAAUUUUAGAAAUUUGAACGAAACAAAGUAAAUGCAACUGUUCCAAUUGAAUAUGAUUUAAAUUUCAUCGAACUGAAGAAGUCCUAUAGGUAGGACCUUGGGCCUUGGGAGGAUAGUGUAAAUAUGGCUAUCGUUACGUUAAAGUUUUACUUCUGUAAGCUUUGCUAAGUAACGAACUGAAACUUGAUACUUGUGAAAAUAUGCUUGCAUCUACUCGAAAGUUUUUUUUUUAAUAAGUAAAUGUAGUUUCUUGAUCCUUCCGCAUGUUUCAUGCUGUUACUUUGUAUAUCUUCAAACCACUCUUCCCUAAUAUUACAUAUAGUAUUAUAGCUGUAAGACUUUUCAUCUACAUUUCUGUUGUAUAGAUAGGCAAUGCAAAUAUUUUCAUAUUACGUUACGAAUUUAUGUAGCGCAAUUGUUACCGUAGUCUGUAGUACGUAGUUUGUAGUCAAAAUGAAAGACCAUGCGAUUUUAAUAGAAUAAAGUAAACUGGCCAGUGGUGGCCAUGUCAGACAAAAGUUACACAACCCUGUUCUAAAUAAUAUAAGGCAAUACUAGCUAUUCAACUAUGUCAAUGGCAAUACUUUGUUCGAUUAAUUUAAGCAAAUAAAUAUAAUUUUACAUGGAAACGAAUAAAUCAUAUUGAAGAAAUGAA